UACUCGCCCUCGUAGCUUUCGUACACAGCACGAUGUCCCAGUCCCAGUCCCAGCCUCACCCGCCAACGCUAGAUCACAGCGCCAACGUCUACCUCGCCAUCACGCACAACCCUUCGCACGCCCUCAGCGGGCCGCUGCCCGUGCACCUCGCUUCGCGGGAAGUGGCACUCGAACACGUAGGCCAGGUGGGGGCGCUUAAGGAUGUGCAGCUGUAUGAGAUGCCUAGGGUGGAAUGGGAUGCUCUGGGAGAGGAAGGGCGGAAGGAGGUGAUGGGGAAGAUUAAGGGUAUGGAGGGCGUUACUGCUGUGGAAGAGCAGGUGCUGCGCCAGAGGGUGAAGAGAGAUGAGCUCUGAGUGCGCUUUGGCUACGUUCCUCUGGAUACGUGGGAUAGAUGAUGACAGAUUACCGAAUGUACAAUAUACACCUAUUCAU